UGAUGCACAGGUACACAGCAUUGUUUGGAAUCGGAUCCACCUUUCAAAACCAGAAGGAACUCCAUCGAGAAUCUUUUUGACCUUUUGGUACUUUUUCCAUUUUCAUCCUUUUACCGUUUUUUUAAGCUUCUGAAGUUAAACCAUGGCCAAUGCAGGUAUACAGCUUCUUGGCUUCACACUAGCCUUCCUGGGCUUCAUUGGCACAAUAGCAUCUACAGUCAUGGUGGAAUGGAAAGCUUCGUCCUACGCAGGAGACAACAUCAUCACAGCUCAGGCAAUGUAUGAAGGGCUAUGGAGGAGCUGUGUGUCACAGAGCACUGGUCAGAUUCAGUGCAAAGUGUAUGAUUCUCUUCUCCAGCUACCAGGGAUUGUACAGGGCACCCGAGGGCUGAUGCUAGCCUCCGUCUUGCUGAGCUUCAUUUCUAUCUUGGUGGAGGUGGUGGGCAUGAGGUGCACCACCUGUAUGGCAGAACAACCGGAGCAGAAAGACAAAGUGGCUCUAGCUGGAGGGAUUAUCUUCAUUAUCGCCGGUCUGCUUGCGCUGGUGGGAACGUCUUGGUAUGGCCACAGAAUAGCGCAAGAUUUUUAUAACCCAUUCACUCCCACUAACGCCAAGUAUGAAUUUGGAAGUGCCCUGUAUGUGGGAUGGGGGGCCGCCUGUCUUUCCAUUAUAGGAGGGGGCUUUCUCUGCUGCAACUGCUCCCGCCAGGGCUCAGGCAAAUCUCCACGCUACCCAGCAUCUCGCUCUGCGGACCAGCCUGGCAGGGACUACGUGUAGGACAAUCACCCCGUCCAGCCUCUGCUCAAGGAAGAACGCUGUCUUUGCAGGGAAAUGUCUUCCAGAUUCAUUCAGAUCAGUUUGAUGUUUCGCAACAUGUAUAUUUGCAGGUGUUAUAUUUGGUGUAUGUUUUUGUUUGUUGGAAAAUACUCUCCAUUCUUUGGUUAGAAUAAAGAUUAAAAAUUUUUAUUAUAAACAUUAUAAAGAAUAUUGUUUACCAACAUACUUUCAGAACAUCUCAGGCAAUUUGUCUCCACUGCAUCAUCUUUGGAUUGCAACUUUUAUCCAUUUAGUAUAAAUCUGUUCAGGGUUUGACUUUGCUUUGUUUGGAAUCUUGCCAUUAUUAUUUCAUAUCAUGUAAAAUAAAAACCCGCAUUACUUCCAUAUUAUUGUAUAUGUCCAUACUAGUCUGAAGUUUGAUUUUGUUUAAUGUGUAACACACAUGCUUGUAGACGGCACUGACUGAAAAGCUGUAUCAUUAAAACAAUUGUAGAGUGGUG